AAGUAGUGACAGCACAAGGAACCUGCCUUAUUUUGCAAAGCUUUUGUAUGGGCGGCUGUGGGAAGGUUUUGCAAUCGCCAUAAGAAGGAAAUCCAAGGUUUAAAAAAAAAAAACAUGUGGUGAAGUGCUCCACUUCUCAGAGUAGGCAGAGCUUUUGCCGUGACGUUGUGCUGGCUCCAAGCCUGGAAGCCCUCGGGCACGGGAAAGAAACAGCCUGACAUUGCACUGACACAAAAGUCAGAUGUUUCACAAAGUUAAUCAUCAGCAACAUACAAAUCAAUAAAGAAUGUAUUUGCUUUAGAAAACUCUGUCUUUCAACUCCUAUCCUAUAAAGAUUGGGGAAGACCUACAUAUCAGACCUGGAGGAGGAAAACCAUGGACAGGCCAAUCUCUGCUGGCCAACUUAAAGAAAAGUCACUCUUCCAGGACAGUGAUGGCAGCAUGGUCCCUGUCAAAACCCCGUGCCAUAAUUGUUCAAAGCUAAAGAUAUUUCUUGGAGCUCUAGCUUUUUCCUUUUUUGCCAAAGGAUUUUCUGGAAGCUACAUGAAGAGCAUGUCCAGUCAAAUUGAAAGGAGAUUUGAAAUCUCAUCUUCAAUUGUUGGAAUUAUCGAUGGCAGCUUUGAGAUAGGUAACUUAAUGGUGAUGGUGUUGGUGAGCUAUCUUGGACCAAGAGUUCAUCGACCAAAAAUUAUUGCUGUUGGGUGUCUCGUCAUGUCCUUAGGAGCAUUUUUGUCAGUGAUGCCUCAGUUCCUAAUGGGACGUUACAAUUAUGAAAGGAUAACUGUUAGCGUGGACAACUCCACCACGAGUGUAUCAGCUUGUUCCCCAGCAUCCUCUGAGGGCCGUCCAGUCACAGAUGCUAUGGAAACACCCAGCACAAUGGAAAAUGUUGAAUGUGAGAAAACAACAAAUUCCUACCUAUGGCUCUUUGUGUUGAUGGGGAACCUUUUACGUGGAAUUGGGGAAGCACCAAUUAUGCCAUUGGGAGUUUCAUAUCUUGAUGAUUUUUCUAAGGAAGAAAACUCAGCGUUUUACAUAGGCCUGGUGAGAUCCUCGGGCAUGUUCGGGCCGACCCUGGGUUUCCUGCUUGGCUCUUUCUGUGCCGGCCUCUGGGUUGACAUCGGCAUUGUGGAUACUGAUGCCAUCAGCAUAAAUCCUAAGGAUACCCGUUGGGUUGGUGCCUGGUGGCUUGGAUUGCUUAUCUGUGGAUCAGUCAACUUCAUUGCUUCACUGCCUUUCUGGUUUUUACCUUACUCUGUACCAAAAGAAGGAGAGAAUCAAAACCAGAAGAUUAGUCAUUUAUCUGUCCAAGGAGAUCACUGUAAAAUAGACCCCCCAGCUCACCCACAGUUAAAGUUCUCAGAGGCAGUAAAAGAUUUCUUGCCAGCUCUGAGGAAACUGUUUGGGAAUUCAAUUUUCCUGGUGUACAUCUUCCUUACUAUUCUGCAGUACAAUGCUCUUGUUGGGAUUAUAACCUACGAGACAAAGUUUAUGGAGCAACAAUUUAAUGUGUCUGUGGCAAGAGCCAUCUUUCUAAUUGGUGUGAUACUUUUACCCAUCACAAUCCUGGGGAUGUUUCUAGGGGGCUUUCUGAUCAAGAAAUUCAAGCUUCACAUAACAGAAAUGGCGAAGUUCUCCUGCAUCACCUUUGUAGCGGCGUAUUUGUUAAACCUCCUGUACUUCACGUGCAGCUGUGAGGUGCUCCAGGUGGCCGGUUUGACAACCCCCUACUCUGGAACAGAGCAUCUUUCCUCCACCAAGAACAUCUACAUGGCCAGUUGCAAUGCUGACUGCAGCUGCAACCUGGAUCAGUGGGACCCUGUAUGUGGGGAUGAUGGGAUCACAUACAUGACAGCCUGCUUUGCAGGAUGUAAAUCAUCAAUUGGGACAGGAAAGAAUAUGGUGUUUCACAAUUGCAGCUGUGUGGAAGGACAAGGGCACGGGCUUGGCAAUUCCUCUGCAGUUUUGGGACAAUGCCAAAGAGAAAGCUGUACCAAAGCCUUUCCCUAUUUUUUAGCAUUACAGACUGCAUGUGCAUUUAUGUUAGCCUUAGGAGGCACUCCUACAUACAUGAUUAUGUUUAGAUCUGUUUCACCAGACCUGAAAUCCUUUGCUGUUGGGAUUGAAACUUUGGGUGGUAGAGUACUAGGAGGACUCCCAGCCCCUAUUUAUUUUGGUGCCUUGAUAGAUGAGACCUGCUUGAAAUGGGGGACAAAAAGCUGUGGGGGAUCUGGAUCUUGCCGGGUAUACGACACAAAAGAAUUCAGAAAUGUCUAUCUUGGCCUCAUUGCAGGACUACGGGCAGGAUGCUGUGUCUUGUACAUAGUGCUCUCUGUUUUAAUAAUGAAGCGCUUCAAACCAGAAGGCAAAGAGGUGACAGAUAUUAAAAAUACAGAGAGAUCAACCAGCAAAGAACUAGAUACUGCCAAUAAAAAAGACAUUCUUCCUGGUGCAAGAACCUCAGAGGAGAGUGAGGAAACUUAUAUGUAAAAAAGAAACAAGAUCUUUUCUCCCUAUGCUUCAUAAGGACAAAAGGAGUCUGACUACUGACUUGAACAGCUAGUUUACAUUUUGGGAGUGCAAAAAAUAUCUUUGAAACAUUGACUUUUUAUUUGCUUUACCCUGUCCUCUUCCUUUCCUCAUCUGAAGCAAAAAUAAGGGGAAAAAAUGUUCAAAAUUUUGGUGAACUCUCUCAUCCUCUUGCUCUCAUCCCUUUCUAGACCAACAGUAAGACAAGUCAAAAUUUUGCAAGUGUCAUAAAUUUGAUUAUGAUUGAAAAAUUAGAAAGAAGAAAUCCACAAUAAGCUCUUUUGACAUUUUUCACUGACUUCCUCUGUAGUCCUACAGCUCUAAAUGGCCAAUAAAAUCUCCCUUGCCCGGUUGCUUUGACAGCCUUUGCUGUGGGGUUUGUGACCAGAGCUCGUUGUUCCAGGCUGGAUACCAUGUCCCACAGUCAGGUGGGAGUCCCAAGGCUGUCACUGAGCAUCCUCUGAACUCAAAUUACUCAACAGCUCCAGGGUUUGACAUGAAAAUGUUAAACAGUCAAAAAUGGGAAGCAAAUGAAGAAAGUGGUGAAUUAAUUUUGCAGCACAUCUCAGUAAUGGGUUUAAGCAAAAUUACUCUGAACUGAUGCAAUAAAGUGAUAGGUGUUUAAGUUUCUUCGAUUA